AUGGACAAAGAGAUGCGGUCCGUGUUGGAGAACGGGACGUGGGAGCUCGUCGAAAACCCGGAAGAGGUGAAGCCGGUUCCCUUGAAGUGGGUUUACAAGAUUAAGCAGGAUGCCGCUGGGAACGUGAAGCGGUAUGAGUCUCGGGUGGUGGCGAAAAGUGGUGCACGGGGAGCGGAUUUACCUUAUCGUUUGGGUCGACGACAUCCUCGUGGCGGCCUGGAGGGUGGAGCGGAUUGCGAAGGUGAAAGCGCACUUGGCGGACAAGUUCGAUGUGCGGGACUUGGGGAGGCGACGUACUUCCUCGCAAUGGAGUUGGCGCGCGAUCGGGUGGCGCGAAAUUUGAAGCUCACCCAAAAGAAGCUUACCGAAGAGCUUGUUGCGCGACACGGAUUGGCGCGCGCAAGGGCGCGCUCGGUCCCCCGUGGUGCGAGGGAGAAGUUGACGAGAGAGGGUGAGCCGCUUAACACCGCGAGAGUUCACUAUAGCGAGCUCAUUGGGAGCUUGCUCUACUUGAGUGUGUGCACGCGGCCUGACAUUGCUCAGGCCGUGGGGGCAUUGGCGCUCUACACAAGCGCGCCUACGGAGGCACAUUGGGCGGCGGCUCUGGGGGUCGUGCGCUACUUGGCGGGGAUCGAGGAGGACGGGAUCACCUUUGGGGGAAGCGGUGAGGUCCUUAAGGCAUUUUGCGACGCGGACUUUGCGGGGGACGUUGAUACGAGGCGUUCCACAACCGGGUACGUCUCCCUCAUGUACGGGGGAGCGCACAUUGACGUGAUUUAUCACUUUGCGCGUGAGAGAGUGGCACAGAAGGAGGUCAAGUUUGCAUACUGCCCGACGGAGGGAAUGAAGGUGGACAUCCUGACCAAGGCGCUGGCACCGGGGAAGUCCCCGAAGUGCGAGAGCGAGAUAGGGAUUGCGUAG